UACAACGGGCAUAACCAGCGCAACCAAUUGCACCCUCACUGUCUGCUCUUCUGCGGUCGACGCACCAAAGCAGCCCACGCUGCGUCUGCACAAACCGUGACGUCAGCCGCAGACUUUGUAUCUUGCAAUCCAGCCGGCCAACAAGUAUUGUGAGCGCACCCAUUGAAAGAGAUAUAGACACAUAUCAGCUGUUUCCCGGAGAACGUUGCUGAGAACCUACCGUAUUGGAUAAGAUUAUUUGAUUAGAGGACAGUCCUAUCUCGUGAUCCAUCAUGGGGGAGCUGUUCCGCAGUGAGGAGAUGACCCUGGCCCAGCUGUUCCUCCAGUCUGAGGCUGCCUAUUGCUGCGUCAGUGAACUGGGAGAACUGGGAAUGGUCCAGUUCCGAGAUCUCAACCCAGAUGUGAAUGUGUUCCAGCGCAAGUUUGUUAAUGAAGUGAGGAGAUGCGAAGAAAUGGACAGGAAGCUGAGGUUUGUGGAAAAGGAAAUAAAGAAAGCCAACAUACCGAUUAUAGACACUGGGGAGAAUCCGGAGGUCCCCUUUCCAAGAGACAUGAUCGAUUUAGAGGCGACGUUUGAGAAACUGGAAAACGAGCUCAAGGAGAUCAAUACGAACCAGGAAGCGUUGAAGAAGAACUUCCUGGAGCUCACGGAGCUGAAGCACAUCCUUCGAAGGACGCAGCAGUUCUUCGACGAGCAGAUGGCAGAUCCUGACCUGUUGGAGGAGUCGUCAUCUCUGCUGGACCCGAGCGAGGUGGGGAGAGGCGCUCCACUACGCCUUGGCUUCGUGGCUGGAGUGAUAAACCGAGAGCGAAUCCCUACCUUUGAGCGGAUGCUGUGGAGGGUGUGUCGAGGCAACGUCUUCCUGCGUCAGGCUGACAUCGAGGACCCCCUGGAAGAUCCAGCCACGGGAGACCAAGUCCACAAAUCAGUGUUCAUAAUCUUCUUUCAAGGUGACCAGCUGAAAAACAGAGUCAAGAAAAUAUGCGAAGGGUUCCGCGCCUCUCUGUAUCCUUGCCCUGAAACCCCCCAGGAGAGAAAGGAAAUGGCAGCUGGUGUCAACACCAGAAUUGACGACCUUCAGAUGGUCUUAAAUCAAACUGAGGACCAUCGCCAGAGGGUCCUGCAAGCUGCUGCCAAGACAACCCGAGUGUGGUUCAUCAAAGUGAGGAAAAUGAAGGCCAUCUACCACACCCUGAACCUGUGCAACAUCGACGUCACUCAGAAGUGCCUGAUCGCCGAGGUCUGGUGUCCGGUCACAGAUCUGGACUCCAUUCAGUUUGCUCUCCGCAGAGGCACUGAAAGUAGUGGCUCCACGGUUCCUUCCAUCCUGAACAGAAUGCAGACCAAGCAGACGCCGCCAACGUACAACAAAACCAACAAGUUCACUGCCGGCUUUCAGAACAUAGUUGAUGCCUAUGGCAUUGGAACUUACAGAGAGAUCAACCCAGCUCCGUACACGAUUAUCACCUUCCCGUUCCUGUUCGCUGUGAUGUUUGGGGACUGCGGACACGGCGUCCUGCUGACCUGUAUCGGGGUGUGGCUGGUGCUCAGGGAAAGCCGUAUCCUCUCGCAAAAAAAUGAUAACGAGAUGUUCAACACGAUCUUCAGCGGCCGCUACAUGAUCCUCUUGAUGGGGGCCUUCUCCAUUUACACGGGGCUCAUCUACAACGACUGCUUCUCCAAAUCGCUCAACAUGUUUGGCUCGGGCUGGAGCGUUCGGCCCAUGUUCACGAAAGCAAACUGGACAGAUGAUAUUCUGAAAAACAACCGCUUGCUUCAGCUGGACCCUGCUCUUCCAGGAGUCUUUAAUGGACCGUAUCCCAUUGGAAUAGACCCGAUUUGGAAUAUCGCUACCAAUAAGCUGACGUUCCUGAACUCCUUCAAAAUGAAGAUGUCGGUUAUUGUGGGUAUUAUCCACAUGCUGUUUGGGGUAACCCUGAGCCUUCUCAAUCACCUCUAUUUCAAGAAACCCCUGAACAUCUACUUUGGUUUUAUUCCCGAAAUUAUUUUCAUGUCCACGCUGUUCGGGUACCUGGUUAUCCUUAUCAUUUACAAGUGGGGUGCCUACGAUGCUUUUACAUCAAAGGACGCGCCCAGCCUGCUCAUCCACUUCAUCAACAUGUUCCUGUUCAACUACAGUGAUCGUACUAACAAGAUGCUGUACUCCGGACAGGUCGGACUGCAGUCUUUCUUGGUGGUUGUGGCUUUAUUGUGUGUCCCAUGUAUGCUGGUGGUGAAACCACUGGUGCUGAGACAUCAAUACCUGAAGAAAAAGCAUCUUGGAACCCAUAAGUUUGGAGGGAUCCGUGUGGGAAAUGGACCCACUGAAGAAGAUGCAGAGAUCAUUCAGCAUGAUCAGCUCUCCACACACUCGGAUGACGAGAAUGAGCCUUCAGACGUUGAAGUGUUUGACUUUGCUGAUGCAGCCGUUAACCAGGCCAUCCACACCAUUGAGUACUGCCUGGGCUGCAUCUCCAACACUGCCUCCUACCUGCGGCUGUGGGCUCUCAGCCUGGCUCACGCACAGCUGUCCGAAGUGUUGUGGACAAUGGUCAUGAGCAUUGGCCUGUGCAUCAACAGCUACGCAGGCUUCUUCAUCCUGUCCUUCGUUUUCGCUGCCUUCGCCACCCUGACCAUCGCGAUCCUGCUAAUCAUGGAGGGCCUGUCUGCUUUCCUGCACGCCCUCCGUCUGCACUGGGUUGAGUUCCAGAAUAAAUUCUACACCGGCCAGGGCUUCAAGUUUGUUCCCUUCUCGUUCGGGAGCAUCCUUGAAGGGAGGUUUGAAGACUAAUGGGAUCCCAGCCCAUAUGUGUUGAAAUGUGUUGUGAUGUGUAUUUGUGUAUCAUGCAGUAGCUCUCUCCUGACUGGGACAGUGUUUCUGUGCAUCCAAGCAGUAGCGAUGCAUGGCACGCAACCCUGUGGUCCGAAAUACAAGUAACCGUUUGUUUGUGGUGGAGUUAACUGGCCUUCUAGUAACGCUGAUGGUGGAAUGAUAAUAUGUUAUAUAUAAAUUUGUUUAAGAUUAACCUUUAAUCUUCUUUUUUUUUUUUUUGUCGCUGCAGUUAUAUUACACAAACAUACUGAAAUCAGCCCUGACUUUAAGCAAACCAAUAAAAAAACAAACAAACAAACAAAUAAACCAAAGGCAUACGUGAAACAGUCCUUAGGCAUCAAGCUUGACAGGGGGUUCCGUUUCUCAGGUAACAUUGAAAUAGGAGCUUUUUAUUCACACACAGGACUUUUUAAAAUGGUUUUGUAUUAUCCCCCAAUACAGUAACGCCCUCAGAUCACUCCAAAUCACAUGAACCCUUAUGGAGCCCACAAUCACAUAAUGUUCUGUGAAUGGUUCGCUACACAGUGAACUACAGGACAGUUCCAGUGAUAAUAAGCUAGAAACUUUUCGUGCCUCUCUAUUGCGUUCCUGUGGGCGUUUUAAUUUGUUGUUAAUGUGCAGUUUUAGUUUCCUGGUGGUGGGAGGCUCUUGUUAAAGUCAGCAUUCUGGUAUGACAGACCGGGGGUUGAAGGAAAUCCUUUGUGGUUAUACCAGUAAGAAAUAAAGCUCCAGUUAAUUGGAGAGGAGCUGGGUCUGCAAACCAAGGGCAACCAGGCUCUUCAGUUUCUUAGAGCAGAGCACAAUACGGGAAGGCUGAAGAUGAGCACAAAAUCUGGAAGUGGAAAUGUUCUGAAACUGCAGGCUUGCAAGUGUGGUCAUUGUGUACGUGGCACCUUUUUUUAAAAGGCUGUUAAUUACUUGCCUGCUAUAUUUUUGCCAUCAACUACCCUGCAUUCCUGCAGACCAGUGCUAUCUGGGACUGUCUUCAAGUCGGGCAAUGCUAAUACGUUUGUAUUCCCUAGUGAAGCGGCAAUUAUUAUUCUUGUUGUUUUAAUGCCUGAUUUAUUUUUGCCUGCACACGCCAAGUCCUUUCCUUUUGAUUUAUUGGAGCAAGAGCAUAAAACACAUGCCAUUCACAUGACACGCCCCAUAGCAAGAAUUUCAAGAGUAUGAAAUAGAUGCCACGGUAUUUAUGGCCACUCAUUCCCUCUAUUGGAUUGCUGUGUGCGGAGUGAUGCAUACAAAUCAGUUCUAGCAUCAACACAAGCUCAAUAAUAAGCUAGAUAAAUGGGUUUAGAUGUAAGGAGCUAAUAGGGAUUAAUCGUCUCGUUACUGGUUUUCUGGUUGUUUACAUAGGAGUUUUUGAUAAGUCGACUCUCUAAAAUGGAUACAAUUAAUGCUAUGCCAGUACUUGCGAUAUAGUGAUGGAAAUAUGUGGCAUACAGUUUGAGCCAUUCAUUAAAAACAGUAUGAAGUGGGUUAAAUCAAUCCAAACUAGGAUUACUGUUGCUUUGUAGCACCUCUUGUUGGUCAAACUCAGUGUCAAUAACUCCUGAGUACUUCUAUAUACAAAACUAUCCGUCCAAGUGAACUGUAUGCUUUAAAUGUAUGUCCAUAAAUAAAAAAGGCGUUUUACUGAAUUUCUUUUUCUUUUCAACGCAAUACAGUAGCGUAAAAUGAACAGAAAAUAUAUUCCCUUUCUGAUUUUAAUCAUGACUUCAAAAAAAAAAAAAACAAUAAAACAUAUCACAAUAUUCUAUUCAAAACAGAAAUCAGUCGACCGUGUUAAAUAUACACCUGAUUCUGCUGUUGUCGAGUCAGUGGUAAGCUUGUUAUUGUGUGUAAUUGGUCUGUGAUGACUCUGUGUGUAUAGUGCGUUUUACAUGUUAAUUUAUUUUGAUGUUUACAGUGUUUGUGUAAAAUGGGUUGCAUUACCCGUUAAAUACAUAAAACUCUAUCAGUUGAAAAUAGUUAUACUUUAUCUGUGUGAAAUUAUGAGUCCCAUUCAUAAACUGUAAGGACUCUGUAAAUAAUGUUUUGUUUCAGUCAAUUUUGAUAGAUUUAAAUCAAGUUCACAAAACCCUUUUCGAUUUGUUUUGGAGAAACUGUCAAACACGCUUCAAAAAGUCCUGGGGGGGGGGGGGGGGGGGGGGGGGGGGGGGGGGACACAUUCCUAAAAACAGCCCUUUAGUGAAAUAGGGUUCAACGGCCAUUGUCAGUGAUGUGUUUGUGUAUUAGCAAUUAAUAAAGGAAACAAAACUGGG